AAACAACCGUUACCAUCUGAUGCGCAACCGAGGCAUAUAAUACACCGGCAGCGGUUUCCUUUCCCCUCACCAUCCGUUUUGAGACAGGAGCCGAGGCUGAGCCACCAUGGCCGAAGAGCAUGAGGCCCUCACCAGUGCUUUCUCAGGCCUUGGUGUUGAUGAGAGCUCGUUGCUGACGGUGAUCACGAAAUGGCGCAAGCAGCCGGAGAAGCGGCGAGGCUUCAGGAGCUCUUCUCCCUUCUUCAAGCCACACGGCAGCUUCGAGCGCUGCGAGGAUGAUUUCGUUCGCAGCCUGAAGGUCGAAUUUGCACGCUUUAAGAACGUAACGGUGCUAUGGGCAAUGCAUCCAUGGGAAAGAGACGCACGUUGGAUCCACCAUGUGCUCCACAAGGCCCAUCCAUUCAACAUCAUAGUUGAGAUCGCCUGCACUCGCUCAUCGGACGAGCUGCUCGGAGCAAGGAAGGCCUACCAUGCUCUCUUCCACCAUUCCAUAGAGGAAGAUGUUGCCUACCGCGUCAAGGAAAACUACUGCAGCUUGCUGGUCGGACUGGUAAGCGCAUACAGGUACGAAGGAUCUCGAGUGGACGAAGAUAUCGCCAAAUCUGAGGCCAAGGCGCUCGGACAUGCAAUCAAGAAUGCCGGCACAAAGGACCCCGUAGAGAAUUACGAGGUCAUUAGGAUACUGACCACGAGAAGCAAAACACAUCUCAAAGAAACCUUCAGACACUACAGCGGAAUAUACGGGCAAUCGAUCGAGCAGGACUUCGCUGAUGAAUCAUGCUUGGGAGAAACCGUUCGAUGCUUGGGAUCAUCCGCUAGCUAUUUCAGCAAGGUAAUCGACAAGGCUUUCGGAGAAGAAGCAGAUAAGAACGCGAAAGACGCUCUUACGAGAGUGGUCGUAUCUCGAUCGGAUGUGGAUAUGGAAGAGAUCAAAGCAGUCUACGAGAAGCAAUACAAGGCUAAGCUCGAAGACAAGAUCGUGAAGAACACGCGUGGUAAUUACCGGGAUGCGCUGCUUUCAUUAGUUGGAAUGUGACGUAUUUGGGCACUGCCGAUGUCUGUUGACGUUACUCAAUAAGUGCUUCAUGUCAUCUACGAUUACCAAAUUUGCUACCUUUGUGAAUCUAAUUGGAUGUUCGAUAA